AUGGCCCAAACUCCACUCAACUGCGCCAUUAUAGGCGCCGGUAUAGUCGGUCUCGGAGCCGGCAUCGCCCUUCGAAACUCUGGACACAAAGCAACCAUCUUCGAGAAAUCGACAUUCAAAAACGAAAUCGGAGCGGCGAUCACAGUCGCACCAAAUGGAAAUCGUAUUCUAGAUCAUUGGGGUUUCGACGCCAAAGCUGCCGGCGAGACUCUCAAAGAACAAAGUCGUUAUGUUGACCCAGAGACGCUUGAGUUGCAAAUCCAGUUGGAUCUUGGGGAUGUUCGAGAGAGGUUUGGGCAUAAUUUCAAUGCUUUCCAUCGAUGCGAUCUUCAUCAAGGUUUACGGGAACUGGCGGAAAGUCGGGGAGUGAAGAUUGUUCUUGGGAAGGAAGUUGUUGGUUUGGAUUGCGAGAAGGGAGAGAUACAGUUCAAGGAUGCAGAGCUGCAAACUUUUGAUAUGAUUGUCGUUGCAGAUGGUAUCAAGAGCACAUUCGUCAACCAAAUCUCAGGCAGCGACGCCCCUCUAAUCAAAAUCGGCCGCUCCGUCUUCCGCGGUCUCAUCCCCAUGGAUCUCUUCCUCAACGACCCUCUCGUGCGCCCCAUUUUCGAAAACCAGCCUUCAGGUUUCUACGCCGCAUUAUCCAAAACCGGAACCUUCAUCAUGACCUACCCCUGUCGAAAUGACAAAAUCCUCAACGUUGCAAUUUUCCACGACACGCGAGCCAAUCAUCAAGACGACCAAGGUUGGAAUUCCCCUGCAACUCUUGAGGAAGUUCUGGAAGUUUUGGAUGGGCUGCAUCCUGCUUGGAAAGCUAUUGUGAAACAUGCAGGGGAUGGGAUGAAAUGCUUUCCGAUUGCGCAACGCGAAGCACUUCCGCGGUUUAAUUGUGGGAGGGCGGUGGUUAUUGGAGAUGCGGCUCAUUGUAUGCAGCCCGUUCACGCCCAAGGCGGAGCAAUGGGUCUAGAAGACGCCGCCUCCCUAGAAAUCCUCUUCCCACCAACCUUCUCCCCCCAGAAAGAAAGUAUCCCCCAACGUCUCCAACUCCUCAAUGAUUUCCGCCUUCCUCGCGUAAACACGACGCAAUUAUAUUCCAAUUCCCAAAUGCAACGCAAUGCCAAAAAUAAUAAAGACCCCGUCAUCACAGAUCAUAUUUCUGCGAUUAGGAAAUUCUAUAAAGGACCUUUGAUGGAAAUGACGGCGAAACCUUGGGGGAGGCGGGAGAGGCAGGAAUUUUGGUAUGGGUAUGAUGUUUUUGUGCAGGCUCGUAGGGCUAUGGAGGUUAGGGGUAGGGAGGGGGGGUUGAUGCAGGAGGAGGUGAGGCAUUUCUUCUGA